AUGGCAGUGGAGAAGGUUGGAAUAGAAAAUUCUAGCUCUAUGAAACAAAAUGUUAGCACGAAUCUUGCAACCUUGGGAACCAGUGCCAUGGGUAAAACUCUUGUUGAAACAGUCCUAAGUUUAACAUUUCGAAGGUUAAGUGGGAAUUUUCAGCUAGUCAAGGGACAGUUAGAAGCUUCAGACUUUGAGAUAUUCAAUGUGAUUGGCAAUAAAGAAAGGAUUAUUGGAUAUUGGAUUAAACCAGAAAAAGUACUCUCAAGACAUCCGAAGUCUGACAGCAGUGAAGCAGCAAACUCAGAUGUAAAGAGGAAACUCAAGCAGGCAGGGGACACUACAGACCGGCCUGCAACAAAGAAACUUAAGCAGAGUUACACUGCAAGUUUAGCUUCAAUGUUAACAGUGCAGAGAUUGCAGCCUGUAUUUACUAAUAUAAGAGAGAUCAAAAUGAAUGGUUAUAAUAUAGGAUAUCAAAAGGAUUCAUUUAUUAAAGGGUUUCUAAUGGACAAUUUAAGAGCUCUUCAGAGCCAAAGCUCACGUUUUUCGAUCCCACCCAAUCAAAUGGCAAACACACCCAAGUCUGGAGAAUCAAGUCAUAUUGAUAUGACAAAACUGAUUUCUGAAAUGUCAAAGCUUGCCUCACCCCCAUUCUCAUUCCCAUCCUUGCCCACCUCUUUCAACAUCUCAUCUCUGUUCCCAAUUCCCAUGGACAGAACCAACUAUUUGAGUUGGAAAUCACAAUUUGAAGACGUAUUGGAGAUGCAUGGCCUUGCAGAGGUCAUCAAGAAAACCACAGACCCACCCAAAGUGCAAGAAGAUGGCUCUGUGCAUCCUGAGUUCGCCAGAGACAAACUGGUCCUGAGUUGGAUCAAGGCGACUUCCUCCUCUUCCAUAAAGAUUCUACUCAUCCCGUGUACCACCGCCUAUCAGGCUUGGAAUCUUCUGGGCAAGCGCCUCUCACCCCUUGCAGAGUCCAAGUUGAAAGCUUUGGUAACCAUUGAGGACUAUAAGCAUGCACUAUCCAAAGGAACCAAAAAUGGUGGAGUUGCUGCAAUUUUCGAUGAAAUCCCUUACCUUAAACUGUUCAUUGCAAAGAAUUGUUCCGAGUACACCAUGGUUGGACCAACCUACAAAACUGACGGAUUCGGCUUUGCCUUCCCAAGAGGGUCUCCUCUAGUCUCCUACAUGUCAAGGGCAAUCUUGAAUGUCACUCAAGAUAAAUCUAAGAUGGAUUCAAUUGAGGAGAAGUCCUUUGGAAAUAACCAAACCAUCUGUGAUGAUCAAAGUGCCAAAAAAAUUUCAGACGGUCGAAGCCUUCAUGUGUACAGCUUCGGGGGACUCUUCAUCAUCGCAGGUGUAGUCUCCAUGUUUUCACUUUUGAUGUACAUGUACCGUUUCCUUUGCUCACAAUGGCCUACUUUGAGGACCACGAUUCAUUCUGAGAACUCAUUUUGGUGGAAAAUGGUUGAAUUGGCAAAGCAUUUUGACAAGAAAGAUCUCACUUCGCAUCCUUUUACGCAAAGAACAUCCAGAGUACAUGCUAUGGAUACUCCUGAUGAUGAGACAGCUAUUGGAGGUUUACGUGAUGCAAAUGAUAUGCAGAACAACUCAGUAGUGGAGAACAAUAUUGAUGUGAAUGAAAAUGAAUCAAAUGAUGGAAAUCUCUUAUCAGGGCAUACUGAUUCAUCUAUCCAUGUACCUAACUUGUCAUCAUAG